CGAAUUGGGUGGUUUGGAUAGAGCACUGCUCACGACGCAGAGCGUUGUGGGUAAUGAAGCCGCCAUUACUGAAUGGCUCUUCGUAAACGUCGAAUUUACUGUGAUCAGCCAGAAGAGGCGUUUCUAUCCAUGCAGAAGCUGUUGUGCAUUUUCAGCAUUUUCGUUUUUUUGUUUAAUUUUGUAGAUACCGUUUUCUGCAAUUGAGAGAGCAAGUUCCCCAAGGCGACGCUGCUGCCCAGUGCCAGAUUCAGGACGGCACAUCUAAUGAUCGACCGCAGAAGUCUUGAGUAGAACCUUUCGAUCAUUUAUUCAAACGCAUCUCUUCAAACCCAAUGAUAAUACCAAAUGGUGUAGUACAUGGAUUUCAAAAAUAUAUUUGGAAAAUUGUCACACAAGCGGGUUAUACACAAAGACCUUGCACACAGAACUCAGUCAAAAUUCACAACAAGUCCAAAUAAGAGUCAAUUAGUGGCAGGGUGGAUGUUGAUUUGCAAAUGAGGUUCGUUCUAAGGGGCAUUAGAAGAAGAAAAGUUAAAAUCAGAAAUCUCAAACACAAUGUCAUAUCCAGAUCUGAUAGUAUCAUUUGACUAAUCAGAUCCUUAUUGUUCUCGGCAUUUGAGUGUGAAAUGAGAUAGGUUUGUUCCAUUUGACUGUGCAAAGGAUUUCAAAUAUCAAUGUGACUGGCAAAACACCAAGACCCAGACACAUGACUGAAAGUGCUCCAAAGCACUGACUGUGAAAAUAACUUUGUUAUUUAGGGAAGAUAAAUAACUUUUGCAGCAGGAGCAACUGUACAUUUGUACAUUGUGUGGACAAGACUUCAACUCAUCAUCCAACCUAGAGAGACACUCAUAGUAUGGAGAGACCGUGGAAAUGUGAGGACUGUGGAAAAGGAUUCAAUUACCCAUCUCAGCUGGAGAUUCAUCUACGUAGUCACACUGGGGAGAGGCCAUUCAGCUGCUCACAAUGUGGGAAGUGUUUUAGAGAAUCAUCUAAUCUGCUGAAACACCAGCAGCUUCACACAGGGGAAAGGCCAUUUACCUGUUCCGUGUGUGAGAAAGGAUUCACUCAGUCCUCUCACCUGCUUACACACCAGCGAGUUCACACUGGGGAGAGGCCAUACAGUUGCUCUUAUUGUGUGAAGACGUUUACCCGUUCAUCCAACCUUUUGAAGCAUCAGCGAGUCCACACCGGAGAGAGGCCAUUCACCUGCUUUAUUUGUGGGAAGGGAUUCACUCAGUCUUCUAACCUCCUGACUCACCAACGGGUUCACACUGGGGAGAAGCCAUUCACUUGUUCUGUUUGUGGGAAGGGAUUCUCUCAGUCCUUCCACCUACUGACCCACCAGCGAGUUCACACCAAUGAGAGACCUUUCAAAUGCUCUGGCUGUGUGAAGAGUUUUGCACGUUUAUCAAACUUGAAGACACAUCAGCGAGUACACACUGGGGAGAGGCCAUUCACCUGCUCUGUGUGUGGGAAAGGAUUCACUCAGUCAUCCAAUCUGCUAAAACACCAGCAAAUUCACAACUGAUUGCAGACAAUGGACCUUGGUCUUGUCACUGCUGGUAAUCACAUCUAGGAUUGAUCCACCUUGUGAAACUUGGGUUUUGUUUCUGCUGAUGGAACUAAACUCUGGUCUGAUCACAUGGAUUAUUAUUCUGAAAAAAGUUUGGUUAAUCACCUUAAUUUAUUCAUUUAGCAAAUAUAUUUAACAAUUUAUAUUUACAGCUCAACAACCCACAAUUGUAUAUUCAAAGAAGAGUGUCAGUUAUCAAACAUGCAAAAUAAACAAUGUGAGCAAUGCUAA